AUGUUCAAAUCAGUUUUGAGAGUUGCGCCGAAAUGCUCACGACCACAGUCUAAAUCUGUCAUUAAUACCACUUCUGCUCGACGAUUCUUAAGCACAGCACCACCCUCACAAAAGUCCCGAAGUUGGAAAAGCAGCGCUGCAAGAUGGGCAUUGGCAGGUGCAGGAGUAUAUUGGUAUAAUACGAGCAAUGUUUUCGCCGAAGAACCAGAAGCAAUUCAAAAAUUAGAUGAAUCAAUACACAGAGUUCGAGAAUCAGAUUUACCCACUCUCGAUGCGGUAAUUGAAGAAAAGCGAAAACGACAUGCAGAAUUAGCAGCAGAACAAGAGAAGAGGGAGCACGAGUCGGCCGCAAAAGCAGUCGCUGCAGAAGAUGGAGCUGAGGAGGAAGGAGAGAUGGAAGGACUUGAAGAUGAAGCUGGCCAACAAGGCGCAUUCAAUCCGGAAACUGGUGAAAUCAAUUGGGAUUGUCCUUGUUUGGGAGGCAUGGCACAUGGACCUUGUGGAGAGGAGUUCAAAGCUGCGUUUAGCUGUUUUGUUCACUCCACUGAAGAGCCAAAGGGUGUUGAAUGUAUAGAAAAGUUCAAGGGAAUGCAAGAUUGCUUCCGAGCUCAUCCAGAGAUGUAUGCAUCAGAAUUGGAGAACGAGGAGGAUGAGAUAGAGGAGGAGCUUAGAGCAAGAGAAGCGGCAAAUGGAUCAGAAGAAGAUGGCUCGGAACCGUUGUCUCAGAAGGCCGCAGUAUCUGGAAAACCCGAAGAAAAAUCCGAGAAGAAGCCUGAAGAAAAAUCAGAGCCAGCGAAGCCAACUACACAAAAGGCUAUCGAGUCCAAUUCGGAUUCAACGGAAGAGAAACAUAGGGAUAGCCGAAACAGCACAACACCUGAGUCUACACAAAAUUCUGGCGAUGAGGGGGGGGAAUUAUUACCACGAGCUGCUCAUGAUGCUACAACAAAGAAAUAA